AGUCGGUUCAGGGGGUGCGAAGCGGGGUCGGGCGUUUCGGUGACCGGUUUGGCCGCGUUGAAGCGAGCUCGGCUGGGCUCGGCUGGGCUCAGCUCGGUUGAAUUCGACUGGGCUCGGCCCGGUUCGUGUGACCUCGGCUCAGGGGGUGCGAAGCGGGAUCGGUCGUUUCGGUGACCUGUUCGACCGCGUUCGGAUAAGGUUGGCCGGGCUCGGCUCGGUUCGGGUGAGCUCGGCUGGGUUCGGCUCGGCACGGUGAUGGCGAGGCGGGCGGCAGGAGGCACCGGGCCCCCCGGGGACGAUUUCUCCUUCGUGAGCCCGGCGGUGAAGUACGUGCUGUUCUUCUUCAACAUGCUCUUCUGGAUGAUCUCCAUGGUGAUGGUGGCGGUGGGGGUCUAUGCCCGGCUGCUGAAGCAUGCAGAGGCGGCGAUGGCGUGCCUGGCGGUGGACCCUGCCAUCCUGCUCAUUGUGGUGGGCAUCCUCACCUUCCUCAUCACCUUUUGUGGCUGCGUCGGCUCCCUGAGGGAGAACAUCUGCCUGCUGCAAGCGUUCUCCAUCUGCCUGACCAUCGUCUUCCUCCUGCAGCUGGCAGCUGGUGUGUUGGGCUUCGUCUUCUCUGAUAAGGCACGGGGCAAGGUCAGCGAGAUCAUCAACGGUGCCAUCGUGCAUUACCGGGAUGACCUGGACCUGCAGAACCUCAUCGACUUUGGGCAGAAGGAGUUCAGCUGCUGCGGGGGUGUCUCCUACAAGGACUGGUCCCAGAACAUGUACUUCAACUGCACUGUGACCAACCCCAGCCGGGAGCGCUGCUCAGUGCCCUUCUCCUGCUGCCUGCAGGACACCAAUGAGGUUGUCAUCAACACCAUGUGUGGGCAGGGGAUGCAGACCAUGAGCUACCUGGAGGCCAGUGCCUUCAUCUACACCAACGGCUGCAUUGACAAACUGGUCAACUGGAUCCACAGCAACCUCUUCCUGCUGGGAGGCAUCGCUCUGGGGCUGGCCGUCCCCCAGCUGGUGGGCAUCCUGCUGGCUCAGAUCCUCAUCAACCAGAUCAGGGACCAGAUCAAGCUCCAGCUUUACAACCAGCAGCACCGGGCAGACCCCUGGUACUGAGCCCUGGGCACACUGUGCUGGAGCCAGUGGCCAUCCCUGUGCCAAGGGAUUUUCCAAACCUGGAUCCAUAGAAGAGCUGAUGAUGGAGCUUUACCAGAGGAGUUUGUAGGGGUCUGUGAACAUGUGGAUCCAUGUGUGGUGGCCACUGUGUCACAGAGUGACGUGACAGGACACUGGAACUCUGUGUGCCAGGUUUGCUGGGACAUGCCAUGCUGCUGUGCCCUGUCUGGUGACUGAACCAGCCCUGGUGAACUGCUGUCUGCCCAUUCUGUCCUGGGUGGCUGCCAGCAGGUCACACACAAAGCAGGUUUGCACUUCCUUUCUCUCAUGCUGGAGAUGAGUGUCUGUCUGUCUGUCCAUGCACCGAGCUGCCUUCUGCUGGGCCAAGGCUGGCUCCAGAACUGGGUGCCACAAACCCUUCUGGCUUCAUCUCAGUGCCCCCAGUAUUUCGCUUGAUGGCUGUGAGCAGGAGUGAGUCCGUUGUGCAAGAAGAGGACGUCCUGCUCUCAGAUGACUCAUGGGGGCUCUGCUAGAUGAAGGUGGAGAUCCCAGUUUGGCCCUGGCAGGCUCAAACGGGUCCACAGGCUGCUGAGCCCCAUGCAUUGCUUUUAUCAAGAAUAAAGAGAGAUGAGGCUGGA